UGAAUGAAAAUGGUAUAAAUAAGAGAGAGAGAGAGAGAGGGAAAGUGGGGUCCCAAGUGCAGUGCAGAGCAGAGCAAAGAAAGCAAAGGCCAAACCUACAUAACUGAAGAGAAGAGAAGAGAAGAGAAUAGGAAAGAGUAUUAGAACAGACACAAACCUUAAAAUACUUUGCCUUCUGUUUUUCUCUCUCUGUUUCUGUCUCUCUCAUUCAAGACAACAGAAGAGCACGCCCAAUAAACCAUGGACGUGGGUCAGAUGCAGAGACAGUGGAUCGACUACACCAAAUCCCUUUUCCUCGAGGGGUUCUUGGAUGGUCAGUUUCUGCAACUUCAGCAGCUUCAAGACGAGAACAACCCUGACUUUGUCGUCGAAGUCGUCUCUCUCUUCUUCGAAGAUUCUGAAAGGCUUCUCAAAGAUCUCACCUUUGCCAUAGAUCAGAAUGGCGUUGACUUCAAAAAGGUUGAUGCCCAUGUUCACCAGUUAAAGGGUAGCAGUUCAAGCAUAGGUGCACAAAGGGUGAAAAAUUGCUGCAUUGCUUUCCGCAACUUCUGUGAGGAGCAGAACACUGAUGCGUGUCUCCGAUGUCUGCAACAAGUGAAGCAAGAGUACUGCCUUGUUAAGAAUAAGCUUGAAACACUGUUCAGGCUUGAGCAACAGAUUGUGGCAGCUGGUGGGUCAAUCCCUACGGAAUUGAGUUUCAGUGGGUGACUGGGUGGGUUUGUAGAGAUGCAUGUGUUAUGAUUCUCAUCUUUGUUAAAGAUUAUCCUUUGUCUUAGUUCAUGGUGAAUGUAUGGUUUUUGUGAAGAUAUAAGAUUCCGUCUAAUGUACCUUUUUUUCCACAAAAAGCUCUUCAUAAUUUAUAAUCUCUUGCAUGCGUUAA